AUGGCCAAAGCAUCUGUUGUGUUGAGCUUCCAUGAGAUUUUAUUACACCAGUCAGACUUAGAACUUUUGGAUGGGCCAUAUUGGCUGAAUGACACAAUUAUAUCAUUUUAUUUUGAAUAUCUUGAAAGAGUCAUGUUUAGUAAUGCAAAUGAACUAUUAUUUAUUUCUCCUGAAGUAACACAAUGCAUAAAAAUGGUGGAAACUGAAGAAAUAAAAACCUUUUUGGAACCCCUUGAUAUUAACAGAAAGAAAUUUGUGUUCUUUGCUUUGAAUGAUAAUGAUUCUCCCGAUACUGCUGGUGGCUCCCAUUGGAGUCUCCUCGUAUAUUCAAAGCCGGAAGGUUGUUUCUAUCACUUGGACUCAUCAUCAGGAAGUAACCAUAAUGUAGCUUGGGAAUUUGCCAGUCAUUUAAUUUCAUAUUUCUCGAAAGGAGGUUCUGUUAAUUUUGUGGAUAAAGAAUGUCUCCAACAGAGUAACGGAUAUGAUUGUGGCAUUCAUGUGAUUUGUAACACAGAAAGAUUAGCAGACUGGGCACACAAACAUGGACAAAUAGAGAUGUGUGAUAUGCUAGUUAAAAUCAAUCCAAGUGUGAAGAGAAAAGAAUUAAUGAAUAUUAUACACAACUUAUCUAAUUCACCAUGA